AUGUCCAGAUCUCAGGACAGCGUCUCGGGAGCCUCAUCGCGCGACGAAGAUGUUGGCACGGACCAGAUGCUCAAGGCCAACUCGUUGCCGGCUGCCGGACCUUCGAGUGCGCCCGCGGCGGAGCUUGACAGCAAGCUCUCAAGCGCUGCAAUCAACGAGUUCAGGGAGAAAUUCCUCAAGUCCGAUGCGUCUAUGCUGAAGAGCUUGUUGGCGCACACGCGCGAGGAAGUCACAGUCUCGGUUCCUGAUCAGCCCACGUCCUUAGUGUUGCCCCAGUUCCAAACUCUUUUGCAGAACUCGCUGGCAAUGGUUGGAGCGGCGCACCUAUCAGUUUUGAAGAAGUUCCAUUCUCGGUUCUUCGAGUUGGCCACCAUGCUUCCUUUGGAUCCUGGCCUGCGACCGCCGACUCUGCAGGAGGUAUUGUUGGCGGACCAGCAGGUCUGGCUAGCAGUGGCUACCGCGCAGAAAGACCAUGGAUGGGACCUCAACACGCAAAGCGCCAGAAGCCGGCUCGCGCAGCUGCUGGCCCUGCUGCUAGCGAGCCUAAUGAGUCCCAAGGUGCAGUUCGACAAGGCACUGAGGAUUGCGUUUCAAGCUGGAAAUCGGCUCUGGACCAUCCUGAACUUGUGGAUGAACUCCUUCAAGCAGAAGUGGAUGCAGGGUGCGCAGUGCCCGUGUCAGGUUCGCGCUGAAGCCUCUACAGAGAGUGAGCCGCUGGCCUUGCUGAGGGAGGGCUGCAUCCUCUGUGUGGCGCGGCGCCAACGUGAGGAUGGAAGAUCUCCAGAUGGCAAAUGGGUGAGACUCGGUCAACAAGCCAAGGUUUGGCAAGACAUGACCUGGGACAACCCUGACUACGUGGCCUCCAAGCAGGUUGGCUUUGAAGUGGCCUGCGCGCUAACAGACGACUGA